CUGUCAGCGCUGAACUCGGUCAGUCGUCGCUGUAUCCGCGAGCAGCACUGAGGGGCUUUAUGUGUGGUUAUGACUGAGGAUAAUGGAGAAAAAUGGAAACAGCACGGACUGAGAUCACUCACAGAGAUUUGGACUGGACGUAGAUGCUCCGCGGCCUUUUGAUUCCGCCACAGAUGUGGGAAUUUUCUGGAUUACAGUGAAGUUACUAGAAUCUUUGUCAUCUCGGUCUGAAGAAAGCCAUCCAGGCGGCCUGAAAUCACUCAGACUCCAGCUGAAGCCCAGCCGCGGUUAGCUGCCUGUUACAAAGCAACAUCGUUGUUUUAUUCUGUAGAAAGUUAUUCAAUAAGCUAAACCUGUGCAUGGCUAAAAUCAGCGCUUUGGUGUCGUUAUAUGAUUACUGUUUUAGCAGUCUGGGAUAGCAGCAGCAGGGAUAAUAGCUAAGCUAGCUAGCGGGGCUGGGGCUAGCCUGUUGUUAGCCGGAAAGCUGCGCUGAAAUGACAACAAAAAGACACCCUCCAGGUUUGAGAGUUUGAUGUGUCACAAAAAGAUCUGCUUUAAAAGCAACAGCUGCUAGACUUAGUCUAAAGUAAGUGCAGACAGUAAUCAUAUUUUCUUGCAACUACAACAAUCAUUCCACAGCUCCAGUUACACUUUAAAUAUGUGCUUUAAUCUUUAAUCUCGCAAAGAAAAGUCUUUUGUUCUUUUUUAACAUAAUUUUAAAUUGUCAGUGCCAGUUUUUCCUCCCUCCCAAAACUAUUAUUGCUCUUAUCUUUAAACAAUGUUUUACUUUCCACAACCACAUUUUUGGCAGCCAAACAGGACAUUCCUCUGAGACUGUGACCCCCUUUUUCCUAUUUUUUUUUCUUUGCCUGAAAUUAAACAGUUUAGAAGACUGUUAACAGGCAAAACAAAGACUCCCAGACCCGCAUGCGGAACAUUCAUGGCAUAACAGACUGUGUAUCAGAGAAUAGCAACGCGUAAGGGUGCUGUUUGGUUUCCCCUUCAGCUUCUUGGAGACUACUCCCUCGACCUCCAUGUGAGACAGGAUGGGCAGCCAGGGCAGCCCAGUGAAAAGCUACGACUACCUGCUGAAGUUCCUCCUGGUAGGAGACAGCGACGUGGGCAAAGGCGAGAUCCUGGACAGCCUGCAGGAUGGAUCUGCAGAGUCCCCUUACGCUUACAGUAGUGGUAUCGACUACAAAACCACCACUAUUCUCCUGGACGGCAGGAGAGUGAAGCUGGAGCUGUGGGACACCUCGGGACAGGGCAGGUUCUGCACCAUCUUUCGCUCGUACUCCCGCGGAGCUCAGGGGAUCCUGCUGGUGUAUGACAUCACCAACAGGUGGUCCUUCGACGGCAUCGACAGGUGGAUCAGAGAGAUCGAUGAGCAUGCCCCAGGCGUGCCUCGGAUCCUCGUGGGUAACCGUUUACAUCUGGCUUUCAAGCGGCAAGUUCCCACCGAGCAGGCGAGAGCGUACGCCGAGAAGAAUGGCAUGACCUUCUUUGAAGUGAGCCCGCUGUGCAACUUCAACGUCAUCGAGUCGUUCACGGAGCUGUCGCGCAUCGUCCUCAUGAGGCAUGGCAUGGAGAAGUUCUGGAGGCCCAACAGAGUCUUCAGCCUGCAGGACCUCUGCUGCAGAGCCAUCGUGUCCUGCACGCCGGUCCACCUCAUCGAUAAGCUCCCGCUGCCCGUCGCAAUCAAGUCCCACCUCAAGUCCUUCUCCAUGGCCAACGGAAUGAAUGCCGUCAUGAUGCACGGACGCUCCUACUCGCUGGCCAACCCAGCCGGCGGCUCCAAAGGCAACAGCCUGAAGCGCUCCAAGUCUAUCCGUCCGCCGCAGAGCCCGCCGCAGAACUGCACCCGCAGCAACUGUAAGAUCUCCUAACAAGCGCCGCUCCCCGGAUCGCAGCUUGGAGCGGGCGUGGGAUCAGGAGACGGAUGUGCAGGGUGUCGUUAGCUGGAGGAAAUCCCUGAACCCGAAGAGCAGGAAUGAUGGAUAAAGGGAUGCAUGAGCGCUACCUCCCACCUACACGAGGUCAUGUUUCAAGUGUUUAAUGUUCUUUGCAGGUGAAGGGGGAGGGGUUCGAAUGGUGCCUCAGGAAAUUUAGAGAGUAACUACAAAUGUUUUGAUCUUAUUUACACUAAAACAAGAGGAAAAGACUCCAGAAACUCCUCCCUGCUGGAGAGGCUACUACAUGAACAGAGAUCCCUCACCAACGCAUACUUCGUUACUCUACAUGAUGCACGCCGCUCAGUGUCUGCAUCACCGCAGCCUUCACUUUCACACCUUUCCUGUUUCCUUUUUCUGUCCACACCUCCGUUAUUUUUUGUUCUAUGACUGAUAAGCUAACCAUCAAAACACUAGAAAAGAUCAGUCGCUUUUUGUCAGCACACGUGUUUUAAAGUGAUUUUAUAUUAUAAAUCCACAGAGGUUUAGAGGCCCCACCCCCCAAAAAACCCCUGGAGGACCCGGCCCGAGCCGAGUCCAGACUUGUUAGUGUGCCUUGAGCCCAAGUGAACGAGCAUGCAGCAGAUAGAUCGCUAAAAGCACAACAGUAACCAUGAAUUAGAAAGAGUUUCCUAUUUUUAGUUUGCAGUCCCUUCAGCUUCUGAUCUUCUGAUGGUCUCCAUUUGUCGCUUAAAUGCAGCCAAAUGUGAUGAAUUAUACUGAGGAAUUUAUUUUAAACACGCUUUUUAUAUACAUUUUUAAGGAAAAUGUGUUUGUUGUUCAAUAUUUCACAUGACAGUCAGCCAAUCAAAUGUACAAACCCAAACUGAACUUUUCAGACGGGUGGAAAUGUGCUUGGGACUAUUUUCAGUGGAGGAGUGAUCCACAUUUGGUGUUCUAGUGUGGAGUGUGGUUAUGUGUCAGUGGUGCAUCUGUUUUCUUUUUCGCCCGAGAGCUUCAGCGACUUGAUUUUCCCCCACUCCUUCCUGACAUCGUGCUUUUCAGAUUUCACGCCUCACCUGUCGUGUCGCACCUUUCUAACUCAGCAGAGUCUCGUCUGCGCUCACCUGCUGCUUCUCUGACAACGUGCCGCCGAUCCAGACUCUCCUCGAAGCGAUGCUCCACCCAAACGUGUUGGUAACGGAGCAGAUAGUGACGCUUCUGCAGUCCAUUAAUCCAUGUGUUGGUUUCACUGAAAACAGCAACGUACGAUAAGUUCAGCAUGUUUAAUGAAGCCUUCACAUUCUGAAUGUUUUCAGAGUUAUCGCAUCUUGAAGUACAUCAGGGUGGAUUAAGAACAUUAUACAUGCGUCUCCUCACACUCGUGCACAAACUGUGACGCUGGGAGUGGGUUUAAAACCCAUUCGUUUGCAUUUUUUAACAGAGCUUCAACAUCUUUUUAAGCCCUGGAAGUUUCACAUGGAUAUGUCAGCUGUGAGGGAUCAAAAAAUGCAGAAUAACUGCAAAUUUGGACCCUUUCCCAUGUAAUUAGAGGGCCUGUAACUCUGAAGAUAUUCAUGUGUGAUGGUAAAAUUUUGCUUGGCUUCAUUAAAUAAACUAAAGUUAUUGAACAUAAAAAAUCCAGCUGAUUCUGAGAGACCCAGAGACGAGGGACCGAGGGAUUUUUCAUUAAAUAAUGCUGCUUUUCUGGGUUUUUAUUGCAUUUUAAACAGAUUAUUUGUGGUUUUUCGCUCUUUUAUGACUCAAUCGUCAGCUGAAGCUCUAAAUUGAGCACAAAGAAGUGAAGCAAAUAUAUGGUGUCACCCUAAUGGCUGCAGUGUCACAGUUGAUCACUGAUUAAUAAAACCCAAAUCACACUAACUUUGCUGAAAGAUGUUCCAGCUGUCAUUGAAUUUCUCAGAUUUUCACUGCAAAAAGUUCAAAUUGAAUGAACUUAAAGUCAUAGAAGACAAAGAAAACCGGCCGAUCGUGCAGAUUUGAAAACUGCAAACUGUUAAUUAGGAGCCAGAAGUAGCACAGAGGAAAUCUCCACAGUGUUUUUGUGCUCGGAUCUGAACGCGUGGGCAGAGAGCCUCAGCACGCAGCUUUUCUUUGGCCUAAAAUGCAGUUUGAAGUUUCCCAGCGUCGGGGUGCUGUUUCCGAUUAAAAUGAUCAUAUUUACUGUGAUGAAGCUGGGCUCUGUCUGAAACGGUCCUGAAGCUCUGCUGCGACAUGAUUGGCUCACGUGUUUCUGUUUUGGUUUCUGAUUGGUGAUUUUGGUGGAUCGGCGAUCACUCGGGCUUCGCUGAGUGUCGCGCCCGCUCUUUGUGUAACAUGUUUGGUUUUAUUUUCACCGUUUUCACGAGUUUAACCCGAGCACAGCUGCUGCUCUUCAUUGGGUGGCGAGUCAUUGUAACCAUCCGGUCACAUCUUUAACCCACAGUCCCCUCAGCUGUUAGCUUACUGCGCUCCUGUGACUGCUGUAGCUGCGGCGUCCCGCACGUCUGUCUGCGGAGGUGUUUCCAUACGCAUCAGUCUGCCUGAGCUCUCGUGGGGAGAGGCAGCGACGCCCGAGACUUUCUGAAGCUGUUGA